ACGAUGUGGGCCUUGUCUCCGAGGGAGAGAGAGAGAGCUGCUGCUGCGAGAGGCUUGCGUUCAUUCAUUCCUUCAUUCAUUGAUUCAUUGCGGUGGCUGCGGGCCAACACUGAUUGUUUGUUGCAACUUGCACAGGGAUCGAUAACUUGCCUGCCUGCGUGCCUGCCCAGUUGAACAGUGGCAAGGCAAGGUUAUGACAGACGGACAGAGAAUUAUGUGUGUGGACCUUCCCUUCUUGCUGCUGCUUCCUGCCCUUCGCACUCGUUUCUGGAAUCUUAUCUCCCCGAGAUUCGUGUCCGCGCGUCUACAGUCAUUCCUGGUGGUGUUCUGAACUCUCGGUGCCCAUGGUGACGGUGAGAGGCGGGAGUCGGCACUCGUUCGGAAUGUCGGGGGUUUCUUCAUGCUGGAAGGUGGUGAUCGGAUGUGGUUGCUGCAUCUGUAACGAAGCACCGCGGGGUGGGUUUGGUUGCUGACCAGGCCGUGAUUGAGAAGUAGGAGUAGGGGUAGUAGUAUCCAGGUUCAACGGUGGGACCAAUUCCCGGGGAGAUGCUACGUUUCGAUGCGUUGUAGGGGUAGUGUUGAGAGGGUCUACGUGAAGCCGGCACCACUUGGUGUGGUUGUUCUCGGUUCAUUACGUGGGUUUGAGGAUCAGACAGGUUUUGUUGGUAUCAUGUUGAAGAUCCGGUUCGGAACUGGCUGCUGCGGAGUUGGGACCGCGUUUGGAGUUUAGCGCAGUGGGGAAGGAUGUGGAGGAAGUACAGGUUUCAGAUCAUGAGUCUGCUGCAAUGAGAAAGUGUUUCAGGUUGUGUCAUUAUUUGGCGUCCGCAUGGAUGGGGCGUCACUCGUGGUGGGUACUGUUGCUGUGCAUUGUUUGGACUCUCCUCGAAGGAAGAUUCAUUUCGGCGUUGAAUGAUGAAGGUCAUGCAUUGCUAGAAUUUAGUAGCAGAUUGAAUGACACUGGUGGCAACUUGGUGGGCUGGAACUCCUCCCACUCAACACCUUGUGGCUGGAGUGGAGUCGGAUGCUCUGAGGAUUUGCACGUGGUGUCCGUCAACCUAUCUGGAAAACAGCUGGAAGGGAAUUUGACUUUAGAUGCGACACGUUUGGUUCAGCUACAACUGUUGAAUUUGUCAUCGAACGUUUUUCGAGGCGCUAUUCCCUCUCUUCUUGGAAAUGCUGCGAACUUGAGUAUUUUGGAUGUAUCCAACAAUGUGCUGCGUGGCUAUCUACCCAAGGAAUUGGAUAGUCUAUGGGCUCUCUCUUUCUUAAAUGUUUCAAACAAUGAGCUGGAAGGUACUUUGCCGCAAGGGGGAGUGCUCGCUUCCUUCGGUUCCUCCUCGUAUUGGGGGAACGAGUUGUUGUGUGGAAACCCCACAGGAAGGACUUGUGGGAACUUCCGUUACUUACUGGAGAAAACAGAUGCAUCAGCUGAGACUCCUGCAAACCAAUUGAGCGUCGGAGCGAUCGUGGCAAUAUGUUUAUCCGCAUUCUUAGUCAGCAAGAUCACUCUCUUCUCGAUUUGGUACUGUCGACGGAGGAAGAAGCGAGAGUGCGAAGUUAAACUUUCAGGCGGUAGAAUGGUAAUGUUCCCACUCACAGGACAAGCCGUGACUCCUCUGUCGAAGGCUGUUCUACGCAAGACUCAGAAGCUCAGGCCGCAAGAUAUCAUCGGCAGUGGAGGUUAUGGAACGGUGUACAAAAUUGUCUUGGACGACUUGUCCGCGUUCGCUGUGAAGAAAAUGACGAAAUGCGGGACAGAUCGUGAUUUAGGGUUUGAGCGAGAACUGCAGACUUUGGCAGACGUCAAGCAUCGUAAUUUGGUUACACUGCGUGGCUACUACGCUACACCCGAAAUCAAUUUUCUCAUUUACGACUUGAUGCCGAAUGGCAAUCUGGAAACCAUUCUCCAUGAUUACGCGAACCACAACAGGGAACCCAUCGACUGGGAAUUGCGCCUUAGAAUCGCUCUGGGAGUUGCCCGAGGCCUGAGUUACUUGCAUUACGACUGCAUUCCGCAUAUUAUCCAUCGGGACAUUAAGUGCAGCAACAUUCUUCUGGAUGACGACAUGGAGGCCCAUGUUGCAGAUUUUGGACUUGCAAAAUUUAUCAACACUCAUGAGACUCAUGUGACCACCAUGGCUGCGGGGACACUUGGAUAUUUGCCUCCGGAGUACUUAGAGACAGGAAAAAUUACGGAGAAAGGAGACGUGUACAGCUUUGGAAUAGUGCUCCUGGAACUUCUCACGGGGAAGCGCCCGAAGGACGACGAUUUUCGAGAUCACGAUUUCAACAUUGUCGAUUGGGCCAAUGCGCUCCGAGCGGAAGGCCGCCCCGAAGACAUUUUUGACGAGAAUAUACUUGGCGCAGUCCUAGACGAGGAUCUCCUAACCACCCUCAACAUAGCUCUACAGUGUACAAAUGAAAUGCCGAAAACCAGACCCAACAUGCACCACAUAGUGAAGAUGCUGCAGAGGUUGCAAGGAGAAGACGACUACAGUUUUUGCAGUUCCAGAAAUCUGAGCCACAAGAUCAGCCUGGAUAGCCAAUUUAGCCUCAGUAGCUCGAACACGGCCAGCUCAGAUAGCCCUAGAGCUUUUUACUCUUGCGACGUGGUGUGACGAUGCAUCAAAUUUUGUAAUUUUUUCUUUUCACCCUCGGCAGUGACUGGCUUCCGCAUGACCCUCCUUUGUGCAUGAUGAGAAGGAGUUCUGCCCUGCGCUCUCGUCUGUAUAGAAAACAUGCAACUAGUGCACUUGCGAAUUUUAACUACGAGCUGAUGAAACUUUACACGAGGAAAUACAGACGUGAUCCGUGUCUUAAUUCUCAAA